GUUUGCUUGGUAGCGUUUUAAUGAGGUUAUUGUAUGUAAUGAAAUUUGUUUUCUGUUUGUUUAUAUACAUAAAAAAAUCCUGACAAUAAUUUCAAAGUGUGUAUCGUGCUGCUGUGAAGAAACAAUCGACAAUGUUAUAGUAUAUAAAUCAAGAUAAGGUAUCCAAGUAAUAAAACAUGGAUUUCGGACAUCCUCACCAGAACAUGGGUAUGCCCCCGCCGGGCAUGGGUAUGAUGGGUCCACCCAUGGGCCCGCCACCGGGGCGGAACAACAUUCGCCAUAACUUUAGACCUUUCAACUACCAGAUGCGAUUUCCACCACAGGGCCCUCUUAAUAUGACACAAGAUGAUUUCGACGGUAAACGUUUGCGUAAAUCAGUAAUGCGUAAAACUGUAGAUUAUAACGCGGCUAUUAUAAAAGCAUUAGAAUGCCGCGUUUGGCAAAGAGACUGGCGCGAUAGACAUGCGCUUCAACCGGACGCUAUGUACACCCCUGACCUUUUACCUCCUCCUUCAUAUCCUGAUAAUCCAAUAAAUGCCGUUACAACACGUUUUGUUAAAACAGCCACUAAUAAAAUGAGAUGUCCUAUCUUUGCUGUAGCAUGGACUCCUGAAGGUAGAAGAUUAAUAACAGGUGCUUCCUCAGGAGAAUUUACACUAUGGAAUGGAUUAACAUUUAACUUUGAAACCAUUCUCCAAGCUCAUGACUCACCAGUAAGAUCAAUGGUUUGGUCACAUGGAGAAGGCUGGAUGGUAACUGGAGACCAUUCAGGAUUUAUAAAAUACUGGCAGAGUAAUAUGAAUAAUGUUAAAAUGUAUCAAGCUCAUAAAGAAGCUGUAAGAGGAAUCAGUUUCAGCCCUAGUGAUUCUAAGAUAGUAACAUGUUCAGAUGAUGGUACGCUCAGGAUAUUUGAUUUCUAUAGAUGUCAAGAAGAAAGAAUAUUGAGAGGUCAUGGUGCCGAUGUGAAAUGUGUUCAAUGGCAUCCAACUAAAGCACUUAUUGUAUCAGGCAGUAAAGACAACCAACAGCCUAUUAAAUUAUGGGAUCCAAAAUCAGGGACAGCAUUGUCAACUCUUCAUGCUCAUAAAUCUACAGUAAUGGACUUAAAGUGGAAUGAUAAUGGUAACUGGCUAAUAACUGCAUCCCGUGAUCAUUUACUUAAAUUAUUUGACAUACGUAAGCUAGGGUCUGAACUGCAAAUUUUUAGAGGACACAAAAAGGAAGCUUCCAGUGUGGCAUGGCAUCCACAUCAUGAAGGCUUAUUUUGUUCUGGGGGAUCUGAUGGAGCUAUUUUAUUUUGGAAUGUAGGUACUGAUAAAGAAGUCGGUUGUAUUGAAGGAGCACAUGAAUCUAUUGUCUGGACAAUGGCUUGGCAUCCACUGGGUCAUAUAUUGUGCUCAGGUUCAAAUGACCAUACUUCUAAAUUUUGGACUCGGAACCGUCCAGGUGACCUUAUGAGAGACAAAUAUAAUUUGAAUACCUUACCUCCCGGAGUUCAAGAUGAUCAAGACUUGGAAGAACCUACUACAAUUCCUGGUAUGGGACCUGAAGAUAAAGUAGAAAUAUUUUCCUCUGAUACAGAUAAAGUUAUUCCUGGGUUAGAUUUAGAUACUACAUUUGUUCCUAUGGAAUUUGAGAAGAAAGUUAAAAAAGUUCCAUAUAGUAAACCUAUUCCUCGAAACUUCCAAGCCCAAUGGAAUCAUGCCCCUAGUGCUGAAGAAUCUUCUACAGAAGUCCUGAGCCAGGCUCUAGUUGAAUCAGUCCCAGGCUCCAUACCACUUGAACACAUCAAUCCAUCCGCCAUAUUCAUUUAUGGAAAAUUAAUUGGAGUAGAACCUGGGUCUAAACUUGAGAAAGCAAUAACCGAAGGACAUGUUUCUCUUAGAAAAUAUAUAGCUAGUGGGGAACUAGAAGAGUUGCAUGAUGUUAUGCCUCAUUUAGAAGAUGAUGCCGAUGAAGAAAACUUUCAACCAUUUGAAUACCCUGACCAAAAUGAAAAUGAAAAUGGUGAUGAAGAUGAACAAAAUAACAAAGAAGAUUAUGAACGAGAUGAAGAAUACUAUGAUAAUGAUAUGGAUAAAAAUGGAACCCAUGAUUCAGAAAAAACUGCAAAAUAUAAUAAUGGCCCAGAUAUGUCUAACAUGCAACAGGUGACUAAUAUGCCACUAGUUAUGAAUAACAUGAUGAGACCCCCUAUGGGUAUGGGACCAAUUAGACCCCCUAUGAGACCACCCCUUGGUUCUAUGCACAUGCCUCCUCCACACAUGUCAGGCAUGCCACCCAUGGGUGCUAUGCCACCCUUAGGAAAUAUGCCUCCAAUGGGAAAUUUGCCACCAAGAGGUAGUAUGCCACCAAUGGGAAAUAUGCCUCCAAUGGGAAAUAUGCCCCCAAUGGGAAAUAUGCCCCCAAUGGGUAACAUGCCACCAAUGGGAGUCAUGCCACCCUUGGGAAACUUGCCACCACGGUCUUCCUUUAAUGACAAUGGUUACAAUAAAUCUCAGUUUGAUUCUAAUUAUGAAAAUCAGCAAUAUUCACAAAAUGAUGAAGAAUAUAAUGAGGAAGAAUCUUAUGAUCAAAAUUAUGAAGAAGAAAGUAAUUACAAUGAAGACGAGAAAGGUGAUGAAGGAUUUUCUAGAAAUCAGCGAUGGGAGCAUGGUUAUAGGGGAAGGACUCGUGUUAGAGGUAGAGGUAUGAAUGGUUAUGGAGGACGUGGUAAUCGACGCGGCAACAAUGGCUCCAGAGGAUCACCACGAAAUCGACGAGGUGGUGGUCAUAACAGAAACUUUAGACGAGGCAGUAAAUCCGUUUCAAAUUAGUUAAUAAAAUAUUUGUAAUUUUCGGUACCUUCUCAAAUGAAUAAUUUCGCUCCUGUAAGUGAAGUGUCAAGUUGUGUAUGCGAGUAAGACAAUUUUAUAGUGACUGAAAAUGGUUGUACAUAAUUUUUAUUUACAGCUUGUAUCUUAAUUUCAUAAGCUGAAAACUUAAUAAAUCUACGUUACAAAUUUUUUUUUUAAAGUUUAUACAGGUAUAUAAAUAUUCUUUGUUGUGGCUGUAAUUGGUGAGUUUAUCUUUUCUAUUAAGUUGAUUUAAAAAAGUUCUACUACUUAAAUAAAUCUUUCUAUGAUAUCAGGUAAUUAAAAUUGUGAAAAAUUGAGAAGACCACACAGACAUUUGAAGAUUGCCUCCAGUAUUUCAAGAUAGUGUGCAGUCUUGUAAUGCAGUAAUCAUCCGUUCAACUCCAGCAAC